CUGUCGGCCGCGCGCGCGGUGGGCGCCGCGUUGGAGGAACGCGGCUGCGGAGCGGAGCUGGUGGACGCGGCCACGCUCGGCGGCCGGCGCACGGAGAGCUUCUACAUCUCCUCCUGGGACUGGAUCCUGCGCUAUCGCCGCGUCGGCCAGUUGGCCUUCGCCGGCGACUCGGCCUUUCCGGGGCUCAGCCGGAUGGUGAACCGCCUGGCCGCAUCGGAAGCGGUUCCCAAAGCGCGUGAGCUGCUCGACACGCGCCGGCCGGCGGUGGUGCUGGCAACCCAUUGGGGCACCGCCCAUGUUUUCGCGCUCGCCCGGCGCAAGGCCCGCCACCGGCCGCCGCUGUUCUACGUGUUUACGGAGUUGGGAGGACCCCAUCAUCUGCUGGCAUGCGGCGCCGACCGCUACUUCGUCAUGGGCGACGCGGCGGCCGCCGCGGUACGCGACUCCGGCGUGGCCGUGUCGCGCAUCGAACUGGUGGCGCCCAUUGCGCACAAGCGAUUCCUGGAGGUGCCGGAUCGCGCGGAGGCGAGGCGCCGCCUGCAGCUCGACCAACGCCGUCCGGUGGUCUUCUACGGCCUGGGCGGCGCCGGAAUCGGCGACGCCGAGGCAUUCGUGCAGGCGUGCACGCGUGCGGUGCCGGACGCCGUGGUGAUGGUCGCUACCGGCCGCAACACCGCGCUGCGGCGCCAUCUUGCGCAGCGGUUCGCCGGCGACGGAGUGAUUCCGUUGCCGUUUCGAGACGACAUGGAGGUGCUGCUGGCGGCUGCCGAUGUGGCCGCCGGGAAGUGCGGGAUUCUCUUCACGCUGGAGGUGAUAGCGGCCCGCCGGCCGUUCGUGAUCACGCAGGUGGGUGCCCCCAACGAGCGUCACAGCCGCAAUUUCGUCGUCCGCAACGGCUAUGGAUGGUACGCACCGUCGGCGCGUGAAUUCGCACACACGGUUCGGCGCGCGCUGGUCGACGGCGAGGUGGCGUCCGCCCGGCGGGCGCUGGCCAAGGCUCCCAAGCCGACCGGUGCCGGCGAGGUAGCCGAGGCGGUGAUCGCGGCGGUGGCCGAAACGCGUUGA